UUUAGUGUUUUUUUCUUGGCAUGUCGCACCUUUGAUGGACGGGCGCAGGCAGCUGCUGUCGCUGUGUCUGUCGUUGGAAUUAACUAAAUCAUAAUCAUCAUCUAUCAGCCGACAAGUGAGAUCAUCGCGCAAGCACUGCCCAUUGUUGGCCGUGAAAUGCAGCCGUUGAAAAUGUGAGCAUCGUCUAGAAAGUGUGUGAGCCAACGAAUGUACUUAAUAGUCUUAUAAAGAUGCUGCAACUGUUAAUACUCAAUGCGCUGCUUAUGCUGACGCUGCAGCUGUGCCAGAGUCUUGCCCAAACGAACCCGGACGCAACGAAGCAUACGCUGACGUUGCCCAAUUUGCCGUCCGAUCAUCUCGUACGCUACCUCAACACGUUUCCCAAGCUUAAGCGCCAACUGCUGUCUGUUAAUGCAACAACCAGAACGGAAUCUCGUGCCUGCUGGGGGCAUGAACGUAAUUGCAGCGCCGAGGCGCGUUUUCAGACGCCCCACUGUCCUGGAGACCACACCGGCUGGGUGCAGAGCAAGGAGGCGCAGGUGCAGACCUUCUACUAUCAGGCGGACUUUGGUUUUAUACAACAGCAGCUCGCCGAACUGAUGCCCCAGUGCUUGCCUAAAUAUCUGACAGACUCAUCGCUAGAAUGCACUCGGUAUCUACGCUUCUGUCGUGGUCGAAAUUUGCUCAUCGAUCUGCGCGAUCUGCCGCAGCGUAAGGAGCGCAUUCGCUAUCAUAUGGAUGUGCUGAAGCCCGGCCAGAUUUUGGGUCAUUGUGAGCUAAAUCGCACACGUCUCAAUAGCGAAAUGGAACACAUUGGUUCUGCACUUCAAUCGUGGGGACCGGAGCUGCGAAAUUUCGAUGUGCUGCCGCAGCCGCUGCUGGAGAGUGGCGCCUGUGAUCUGGUUUUGAAUGUGCCCACAUUCAUCAUGAAAAUCGAUGCCACGUACAAUAUGUAUCAUCAUUUCUGUGACUUUUUCAAUUUGUAUGCCUCGUUGUUUGUGAAUCAAUCGCAUCCGGCUGCGUUUAACACAGAUGUGCAGAUAAUCAUAUGGGAGACUUAUCCAUAUGAUUCACCGUUCCGGGAUACCUUUAAGGCAUUUACACAGCGACCUAUUUGGACGCUGAGCGAUGUGCAGGGCAAGCGUGUAUGCUUCCGGAAUGUCGUGCUGCCGUUGCUCCCACGCAUGAUCUUUGGACUGUUUUACAAUACGCCCAUUAUUCAGGGCUGCUCCAACAGCGGUUUGUUUCGCGCCUUCUCCGAGUUCAUUUUGCAUCGCCUGCAGAUACCCUUCGAGCCGCCACUGCCACAGCGUAAGCUGCGCAUAACAUAUUUAUCGCGUCGCACAAAGUACAGACAGGUGCUCAACGAGAAUGAUCUGCUAGCCCAGUUGGAGGCUAACGAGGAGUACGUUGUACAGCGUGUCUCAUACGAACGUCUCUCCUUUACCGAGCAAUUGGCAAUCACGCGAAAUUCAGAUAUACUGAUUGGCAUGCAUGGGGCUGGGCUGACGCACCUUCUCUUUCUACCCAACUGGGCAUGCCUGUUUGAGCUGUACAACUGCGAGGAUCCCAAUUGUUACAAGGAUCUGGCACGUCUGCGUGGCGUACACUAUAUCACCUGGGAGCAAACUGAUCUCGUAUAUCCCCAAGAUGAGGGUCAUCAUCCGGAGGGUGGCGCGCAUGCCAAGUUUACAAACUAUCGUUUUGAUGUGGAUGAAUUUGUACAUCUAGUCGCUCAGGCGGCUACAAAAGUGCGCGCCCAUAAGGAUUUCCCUCAGUCGACAACCACAACUCAGCAUAAUGAGCUUUAGUUUAGUUUAGCGCUUUGUGAUUUGUUUAACCAAUGCAUUUAUUUAUUUAAACUUGAAAUGGUAUUAUCGAUACAAUUAUAUC